GAAGUGGAAAUGGAAACGCGAACGGUAAUUUAAACGCCGGUUCAUUCAAUGGAAAUAAUAACGGAAAUUUCAAUUGGGGAUCUGGCAAUGGUAACGCAAAUGGUAAUUUAAAUUACGGUUCAUACAAUGGAAAUAAUAACGGAAAUUUCAACUGGGGAUAUAACAAUGGCAACGCAAAUGGUAAUUUAAACGACGGCUCUGCCAAUGGAAAUAAUAACGGAAAUUGGAAUUGGGGAUCUGCUAAUGGCAACGCAAAUGGUAAUGCAAACCAGAAACGUGGUGAUAACAAUGGCAAUGGUAAUGGAAACGGAAACGUCGGAUCGUUCAAUGGUAAUAACAACGGAAAUAAUAAUUAUGGGUCUGGUAAUGGCAACGCGAACGGUAAUUUAAAUUACGGCUCAUUCAAUGGAAAUAAUAACGGAAAUGAUAAUUAUGGAUCUAAUAAUGGAAACGCGAACGGUAAUUUGAACGACGGCUCAUUCAAUGGAAAUAAUAACGGAAAUUUCAAUUGGGGAUCUGGCAAUGGCAACGCAAAUGGUAAUUUAAAUUACGGUUCAUAUAAUGGAAAUAAUAACGGAAAUUUCAACUGGGGAUAUAACAAUGGCAACGCAAAUGGUAAUUUAAACGACGGCUCAUACAAUGGAAAUAAUAAUGGAAAUUGGAAUUGGGGAUCUGCUAAUGGCAACGCAAAUGGUAAUGCAAACCAUUGA